UACCUUUGUUUACACUAUUUCAGAUAUUUCAAUGAUAUUUAAACAAAAUAAUGUAGAUGUACAUGACUUGAUGUCAAUGAAACUUGCUAGUUUUGCUUACGAAACUGAAUGAAAUUUAAGUAUCCUUUUUCUUUAGUGUCUCGAAGUGCAAAAUUGAAAAGUUUGUGAAAAUGCCUGCAAUCCGACGGCACAGAGUGUCUUCUGGAAGCAUUCAGGCUUCAGAUAGUGACGGUGGAAGGGAUGAUGUUGAUAGCUAUGAUUACAAUUUCCAGGACAGUCAAUUUUUUAUGAGCGAUAAACAAAAACUACCAUGGAAGACAAUAUCGUUUGUGAUUUUUUUUCUAAUUGUAGGAAUGAUUUGCAUGACCACAGCAGGUCUGAUUUUCACAGAAGUGUUAGACAAAACAUACGUUGAUCGUGCAUCUCCUUUACUUAUCCUUGGAUCUCUAAUGAUUAUCCCAGGCGGUUAUUAUGGCUAUAUAUUGGCGUCAAUUUUAAUGGAACGUGACGGCUUUUCAUGGGAAGAUAUUCCAGAAAUUUGAUAACAACCAUAUUACUGAAAUCCACGCAUUUUCUAAAAAUUUUGACCGUAUUUUUAUUUUAGAUUGUUAAAUAUUUUUAUCACACAGGUUUAUAUUAGAAACGCGAAAAAAAAUUCCAGUAAGAACAACUUGUAUUGAAAUAUGGUCCACUGGUCCUCAUAAAUUAAAUAAAUUCUUAGAAUUA